AAGGAAAGCAAUGCAGCCAUUUAAUACCGAGAUAGAGAAGGGGUUGCGAGGAUAUAUUGCUCAUCUUCGAGCUGCUCACAAGACUGCAGAAAUGCUUGUAGCACAGGAAACAGUGCGUCUAAACUCGAUGCAGGCUUAUCGUGAGGCAAUCAUUCCACUGCUGGCGAGGAUCCGGAGACAUGUUUUUCAAGAUUCGCGCUUAAACGGCUAUCAGAUUGAGGGAUGGGAGGAUGAGCAUGGACAGUCUCUGUUGGGCACCGAGGCGGAUAUUCUGGUCCGUGGGGGAAUUCAUAAUAUCGGAACUCCAACUCUUUCCCAGCCAGCUCUUGCUAGCUCAUCAUUACAAUCCGUUCCAACCUUAAUUCGGCCGAGCUUGGAUAGCAACAGUGCUGAAGAUGAAGUUGAGGGAAUAAUGAACACACGAAGUAGGGAGCGCAGAGGAUUUGGCCGCGUACCAGAUAUUGAUGACUCAGAAUGCACUAUGGACCAUCAUCGACCUAAUCAAGUAAACGGCGGACGGGCUUUCUUGACUGCUGGAAAGGCACCGCUGUCAACUCUUGCACCAAACAAUGUGCUUGGGUCAGAAGUGUUAAUCCAGGUGGAUUGUGAGAGGCAAACCAAGCACAAGGCUAAAAAGGAAAAAAUAAGGAUGCGUUCUCGAUCUCGAUCAAGACAUGAUUCGGAGGCGGCUGUUGACACAAACAUUGACGGUCGACAAGCUCAGGGAGCAAAUGAUCUCUCUGCUCUAGGGUUAAUUGGUAUGAAUAAUAGUUCAGACAACAAUAGUCGUAAUAGUAAUAACAGAGCUCAAGAAGAUCGUGAAGGUCAGAAGAGGAUGUCAAGAGGACUGUUUGGAUUUGUACGUAGCAGACGAAACAGUGGGAAUGAGUCUGAGGAUGUGGUUGUGCCUACACUGAGUAUACCUACGGUCCUUCAAUUUGAUUGUAACAGCCGUAGUACUGUCGAUGUAACGAGCUCCAACACCCAUGGCACAGGGACAAUGGGUGUCAACGAUGUCCCCUCUCAGCAGCAGCAACAACAACGAGGCCAUCGUAGAAACGUGCCUUCGAUUUCAGUCUCGAAUCAUGAUACAGCUCCCGGGAGUAGGAUUAAUCAGGACAAUCAACACCCUCUCGGAAGAUCCAUCCUUGAGAAUGGACCGCUAAUACAGCUUCCAUUUUGGUCUACUCCUGCUUCUGGUUCAGGCUCUUCAUCAUCACUGCAACCCAGCACUCCAUUUAGCUCAUCGAGAUCAUCACCCUCACUGUCAUCGUCAAUGAUCAGACCACAGAUGAUGAGUGUGGACGAGUAUGUAGGCGUCGGACCUAUUAUAGAACGGAUAGAUGGUCUUAUGGGCCCAGAGCCAAUUGAUUUGGCUCGGUCUGGGCCAUUGAUUCCAAGUUAUGAAGAGCAUCAUCGACAUCAGGCUAUAGAUCCAGGAUCGUUGCAAAUUAUGCAGACAUCUGUGACAUAUGAAGGACUUUCUUCAUUGGCAGAGCAGGGUGAAGGGUUGGAUAACUUGGAGGAGCUAAUUGGACCAGAUUCGGGACCUAGACGGUCAACGACAGCCCAUCAACAUCCUGCAAAUAGAAUCCGAUCACGAUCUCUCUCACCACACUCGUUCCCAAUGAUACAGACAAUCAGCACCAAUGCCACUGGCAGUAGCAGGAUUAGCGGGAUUAGCAGUAGCAACGACAACAACAGUAUCAAUAACACCAACGUUAAUACUACAAGUCGUAUCAAUAGUACUGAUAAUGCGGCCCGUCCAUGGUACCAACACCAUCACUAUUCAUUUUCGGAUCAGUCACCUGAUGACAGAGCUGGACCAAUCUUGAACAUGCCACCACCAGAUUAUGCUGUGCAGCCACCUCGGUAUACUGCAUAAGAAUAAAAAGAAAGAAAGAAAUAUAGUGUGGGAAAAUGACAAUGUAAAAUAUUUA